AUGGCCCCCAUUUCUGUGAACCAACUCCACUCAUUCUACAAUUUGGAUCGAGUACUUUUCAAUCACCUGAUCACUAAACUUUCUCGAAAUCCUGCUCAAUCCCUUCUAGUCAUGGCCUUGUGGAUUUGGCUAGAAAAACUUGGUUACCCAAGUAUCAUUCCAGUAUUGACUGGUCUCUGUGACGCACUCAUCAAUGCCAUGUUCAACGAAGCAGAUACUUGCUUGAGGUGGCUACAGUUGGAAAACGUCCCCAUCCCAAAUGACGGUGGUUUACCACUUACCAGAAUUGCGAUGCAUAUGGAAAUCUCCCUUGAACUCUUCAUUCGGAGAAGGUUCACUGCCAUAGCUGGUAUAAAAAAUGUUCUCAAUACAGUAUGUGCAAGAAUUUUCAUCGAUAUCUUACAAAAGAAUUUUGGUAUCACCAACAACACUAGUACCAGUGCCAGAAUCAGCGGCAACACCAGAACCAGGGCUCGAGCACGCACCAGCACCAGAACCAACGCUAAAUCUAAAACCAUCCCCAGAGCCAGUGUUGGUGCUAGCCCUAUCACUGGCACAUCACUACAUUUCCCUGAUAUACCCCUAAUUAUUCCUGGUUUCCCGCAUCCAUUAUUUGGUACCAGAGAUAGCGCUCGAGUUAGCACCAACGCCAGCACAAGCGCUGGAAUUGGUAGCACUAGCACAUCACUACCUCGCCCCGUUACACCGUUGGUUAUUCCCGGUUUCCCCCAUCCAUUGUUUGGUAAUUUCACAGUACCCCCAAUUAAUUUUGAGGAAAUGGAUUUGUUUGAUUCGAGGAUAUGGGCGAAUACGGGACCACAUGAUGAUAUUACUGAUGAUGACAAGACUAUGUUUUUAACAUUUUCAAAGGGCUUCCCUGUCACUGAAGAUGAGGUGAGGCAUCUUUUCACAAGCUCCUAUGGGGAUUGUAUCAAGGUUUUGAACAUGGGGGAGAUGAGGGAGCAAGUUCUGUUUGCAACUAUGGUUCUGAAUAAAGUGGAACAACUUGACAUGAUUCUCAAUGGGAAAUUCAUUGCAAAGCUUCGUGUCAAUGGGAAACACAUAUGGGCUCGUAAGUAUGAGCGUCGAGAUUGA